AUGUCUGAGCAUAGAGGGUCAUCUUUCGCUAAUUCUUGUAUUAAAGUGCCAAUAGAUCCUUAUAGUCGUCAACCGACACCGUCAUAUGAACGUCCAAGAAUUCAACGUGUAGAAAAACGUAGAAAUAAUGACAAGUCACGUAAAAUAAAUUUUGUGUCGUCGUCAAGUAAUCAGGAUUCCAAUCGUGAAAUUGUUAGCUCGGAUGAUAGUAAUGUUGAGAGUUUUUUAGAUUUUUUGGAGAGCAUACCUGAUUAUGGUGAAGUUAAUCAUCUGUCAAAUGAACAGUUUAAACAGAAACUGGAUUAUUUGAAAAGAAAACAGAGGUUGCUGUUAAAAAAUUUGAAAAAUUGUUUGGAUCAAGAUGAAAGCGACGAAAAGAGUCUUGUUAUUCAGGAUAAAUCGUCGACUUUACCUCCUUCUACACCGAGUAUUCCGGAUAAGUCUAAGAGGUGGGAUGAAAAUAAUCCGGAUUUGAAAUUACUUGGAAAAAAAUGUAGUCUUGAGGAUUCUCGGACAGGCAGUCCGUUGUUAUUUUCUUCUGGGACAUUUGCUGGAUUGGCUGAAGAUCAAGAUUUGUUGACUUUCAGGUGUAAAGAUAAAGAUAAAGAAAUGAAAACUUUAAGAAAUCGAGAAAUUUAUUCAGCUGGUAAGAGUUGGAGUACUUGGAGUGAAUCUAAAAGUACUGAAAGUGCUAAUAGUGACUCGGAAAAUAGUGUUGAGACACGAAGUUUACCACCUAGUAGUCCUAAAAGAUGGCAACCAACUGUUCCAAAACCAUUUGCAUUUGCAUUAAGAGAUGACGCAGAAAAAUAUAUGUCUCGAGCAGAAAAAGAAGCGACAGAAAAAUUUAAUGAAAAUAAUAAAGGAGGUCCAACAAAAAAGAGACGAGUUAGACCAAUCCCAUUGACAUCGAGAAUUCCUUUGUAUGAUAAAUUGAUGGCAGCCAAAGAAGAAAGAAGCCGCAUGAUUCGUGAAGAAGCAGCUUGGAGCUUAAUGUCUCAAGUAAAACCUUUUAGAUUAGAAUGUGAUCGCAGAGCUGUUAAAGUAAUGAGCCGCUCAAGUCCAGAACUCUGUACCAAAAAUAUUAAAUCAAUAUCAACUUCGAGGUUUAGAGCUAAACCCGUGCCAAAAGAUCUUUUUGGUACAGAUGUUUAUGAUCGGAUGUUAGAAGAUGAGUAUUUCAGACAGAUGCAAAAAAAAAUCCGUGCAGCUGAAUUAAUGAAAUCAUCGUCAUUGCCACCAUCGAUGGCUAGACGCGAACGAAUUAAAUCAGCGUGUAUUCCUAGAGCUAGAAAUUGUAGUAAUGACGAGUGUCGACGUAAUGAAGAAUCAUUGAGAGUUUGUAGUUCUACUCCAAUGACUUCAGAGAGAUCAAGGUCAGUUAUGACAAAUUUGUCAGGUCGAGGUAAUAAUUUAGCUGCAAUUUUACGAUGUCAAGCAUCAAGAGAAAAAUUAGAACGUGAAAUUCAAGAGAAAAUGGAAGAAAAGGCACGAGAGUACGCAAUUAGAAUGCGAGAAUCAUGGACUGGUCGAAAACCAGCCUGGCGAGCACUACGACAUGCAGCAAGAAAAGAUCUUGAGAGAGAUUUAGAUUUUCGAAUAUCACUACGUAGGGAUGAAGCAAGAGAGCAAGCUGAACGUCAUCGUUUUGAAAUGGAAAUGAUGCUUGAUCGUGUUACACAAAUCCCAACACUAUUUGAACGUCAUUCCCAGAAUUUCCAGGCAAUGCGUCAAUUGCAAUCUCGAGCUUAUAAACUUGAACGUAAAAAGAAGAAAAAAAAACCUAAAUCGGAGCAUUCUAGCAGUCUUGAUUCUGAUAACAGUCCAGGAUGUCCAUCACGCCCUGAUUCUGGAUCUUUUAUAAAUAUACCAGCUCGGUCAUCGCCUGGACAAUCUUCAAAAUCUUCAGGUUCCAGGAAAUCUCAAAUUUCAACUAGAUCAGAUAAUUUGAUAAAUAAUAAAAAGAAAAAUGAACGUGGACCUCUUAGAGUAUCAAUCAACGAAACUGCUGAGCUUAUCGAGGAUCAUGAUGAAGAUCGCGAUGAUAAUGAAAGAUACUCCAGUAGUCCUAGUGAUGAACGAGAUCCUCAUAAUUUGUGCAAUAAUAAUACUCAAAAUUUGUAA